AUGGCCGACUGGCGCUCCGAAUACCUAGCCUCCAUCAGGGAGCAAGAGAAGAACAACCCUGUAAACCUCGAAAUCGUACAACUCUGCUCCCAGCUUUCCGACCACGUAGCAGCCCUCGAAGCCGAGAACCAAGUCCUCAAAUCCCAAACCGCGCCCGGAAAGAAGAACAAACUCACCACCUCCGAGAAAUCGAACAACAUCCUACCCACCCCGACAACAGAAACGACAAACUCCUCCCCCUCCUCCUCCUCCGACCCGACCAUCGCGCAGCUCCAGCUCCAACUCGCCGAAGCCCUCCGCUCAAACGGCACCCUCAAAGACCGCGCAAAGCAAGCCGAAGACGAAGCCCAGACCCUACGAACAAAACACAAAGACGACGCGAAGAAAGUCCGCAGCCUGACGUCGGAGAAUACCGUCCUAACGACGAAACUACGAGAUCGGGAACACGAGCUACGGGAGAAGCGUAAGCUAGUCGAGAACGUACAAGACGAGAUGAUCGCGAUGAACCUACAAGUGACCAUGGCCGAGAAGGAACGGGACAGGGUUAAGACGGAGAAUAAGGAGCUCGUCGACCGCUGGAUGAAGAGGAUGGCCCAGGAGGCCGAUGCUAUGAACCUCGCAAACGAGCGCUGA